CCCUAGCUGCUGGUGGUGCUUAUUGUGGCCGCCAUUGCUGUUAAUGCUGUCCCUGCCACUCGCCAACAGAGCUUCGAGCAUCUGGUUCAACCCCAAGCAGGUUGCCGCUGCUGCAAUUUUGUUGGGAGGGUCCCCAAUCUCAGAUGUGGGCGAGUUUGCUGCGUGGAUGGCUGUUGCUAAAUUAUGGUGGUGAUGAGUGAAUUAUGAAUAUCAUGAUACGAUG